AUGCCACUCAAGAACUGUUCAGAUUAUUUCAGUUUGGCCUUAAUUCCUCUUGCUAUAUGUAGCAUGACUGUGAAUAUUCUCUUAUACUUUCCCAAUGGGGACACUACAUAUGCAGCAAGCAGCCAGCUCACAAACUACGUGUGGUAUUUUGAAGGGAUUUGUUUUGGAGGUAUUAUGAUGCUAAUUAUAGCUGUAGUUCUUCUCUUAGUAGAUUACUACAACUGCUGUAUACCGUCUCAUAUGGGGACAAAAACAUUUGAUGCAAGUUGUUCAAAGCUGGGAUCCCCUGUGUUUGCUAUACUAGGUGUAGCCUUCUCCGGAUAUUCUCUAAUUAUCUCCUCACUAGGAUUAUCUCAAGGUCCAUUUUGCAGAACAUUGGAUGGCUGGGUGUACCCAUUUAAAGAUACAUCAGUAGGGUAUCUUUCUCAGUCUUCCACCUGGUCUCAGUGUAUAGAGCCAGCCAAUGUUGUGGAAUGGAAUAUCAUCUUGUUCUCCAUCCUGAUAGCCCUCAGUGCUCUUCAAGUGAUCAUCUGCCUACUCAAAGUAAUAUAUGAUCUUAAAAUCAUUCUGUGUGGAACACAUUCAAUUUUAGUCCAUCCAGAAGCCGUCUAAUGUUGUAAGAAACCUUUAGAUAAAUGACACUGUUGCCUUCAUCUUUCAACUGAUUUCAUG